GUUCGAUCAAGUGAGUUGGGCUGGUCUUCAAUGUAUAACAUCAAUUGGGUUUGGUAGCUAUUUGCAUUAUUUGAAAACCAAUGGUCCACCUUUCCCGGCCCAGCUGCGGAGAGAAAGCACUAGACGAAAUGCUAAGAGGGAGCAAACAGGAAAUGGAGAAACUAGAAAACAUAAAAGUCUAAAUAAGCUCUGUAAACAGCUAUAACUCUCCGACAAUGGGAUUUUCUUGUACUACCAUGUGUUCAGAAUGUGGUGUAAAUCGAUAGGUUGACUGACAAACAUGUCACAAGGUUGUGGUAGCGUUGAUGAUAACAUGGCACACAGUGAUGAUAAAAAACUGCGGGAAACACCCCUAAUCAAACUUACACAGAAGAUAGCAGUCUAUGAAACUAAAGCUAGAUUCUACAUUGUUGGUUCUAACAACACUGAAACGAAGUUCCGGGUUUUGAAAAUAGAUCGCACAGAGCCAAAGGAACUUGUAGUUACAAAUGAUAAUGUGUCAUACAGUCCACAAGAAAUCAGGAACUUGCUGCACAUGAUUGAUGUUGGCAACAGGUCCAAAUCAACUGCCUCCAAUGCUGGUCUGCCUAGAAAAGCCUCUGCAUUUGGAAUAGUAGGGUUUGUGAGAUUUCUGGAGGGGUAUUACAUUGUGCUCAUCACUAAGAGGAGGCGGGUUGCGUUGCUAGGGCAUCACUAUACUUACAAGAUAGAAGACACAACAAUGAUCUACAUUCCGAAUGAUAGUGUCCGUCAGCCACAUCCAGAUGAGACAAGAUACCUGAAAAUAUUCCAGAAUAUGGACCUUUCCAGUAAUUUCUAUUUCAGUUAUAGUUACGACCUAACUCACACUAUGCAGUAUAACUUCACCCCUUCAAACAACCUAUCCAAAUCACCUGGAUACAAUAGGCAAACAACAGCUAAAGACAAGACAAACAAUUCAUCAAAAGCCCAUCAAAAUGAAACAACUACAAAAUCAAAAAGUACAAGUAACUUAGAUUCCAAAGGAAUUAGUGAAGAGGUGGAAGGUGCAGCUAAAACAUUGGGAAAGCAAGUAGGAAAUGAUAGAUCUGGAAGAGUUCCAGAUGAUACAUGUACAUCCAGUGAUCCUGUAGAAAUUGCUGGGAGAGAAGAGACAGAGGAAAAACAAGAACCAAACAUCAUUGGGACAGCCUAUCAACCAGCCAGAAAAUAUGUUUGGAAUAAUCACAUGUUAGAACAAGUUGAUUCUAAUCUGCAUCCUGAUUGGUUGUUGUAUAUCAUCCAUGGGUUCAUCUGGCAGUCUAGAAUUUGUGUAUACGGGAGGUCAUUGUUCUUGACAAUUAUUGCCAGGAGAUCAAACCAGUUUGCUGGGACACGUUUCCUGAAGAGAGGUGCUAAUGAUCAGGGCUAUGUGGCAAAUGAAGUUGAAACUGAACAGAUUGUAAAUGAUGCUUCUGUGAUGUCAUUUAAUCAUGGGAGCUUCACAUCAUUUGUCCAACUACGAGGGUCUAUUCCAUCAUACUGGUCACAAGAUAUAACAACAAUGGUUCCUAAACCUCCCAUAGUAGUUGACCAGGCAGACCCUUAUAACAGUGCUGCAGGACAGCACUUCAAUGAUGUUCUCGGCAGAUAUGGCUCACCAGUCAUCAUUGUGAAUCUAGUCAAAAAACGUGAGAAGAGAAAGCAUGAGAGUCUACUAAGCACCGAAUUUGUCAGCUCCUUGCAGUAUUUAAAUCAAUUCUUGCCCCCUCAACACAACAUACUCUACAUAGGCUUUGAUAUGGCUAGGGUCAACAAAAGCAAAAGCAGCAAUGUUAUGAACAGACUUGCUGAGAUAGCAGAGCAGUGUGUCAAGAGAACAGGUUUCUUCAGGAGUAAACCAAGUCUGAGCUGCAAUGAGAGUACACCACAUGAAAGAUGGCAGGGCAUUGAUGGCAUUAAAACUGAGACUGGCUGGCUCCAGAGGGGCAUCAUACGUACAAACUGUGUUGAUUGUCUGGACAGAACCAACACGGCCCAGUUCGCUGUUGGCAAAUGUGCAUUGGCAUAUCAGCUGUAUGGGUUAGGGGUCAUUGCUUCACCAGAGCUGGAGUUUGAUACAGAUUGUGUCAGGAUGCUUGAGGAGUUAUAUGAGGACCAAGGAGAUACUUUGGCCUUACAGUAUGGCGGCUCUCAGCUGGUUCAUAGGAUCCAGACUUACAGGAAGACCUCACCAUGGACAUCCAACUCCAGGGAUAUAAUGCAGACUCUGUCCCGAUAUUACAGCAAUGCGUUCUCAGAUUCUGACAAACAACAUGCCAUUAAUUUGUUCCUUGGUGUAUUUGAGCCAAGCGAGACUGGUCCAAACAUAUGGGAACUACCAACUGACUUCUAUCUGCACAACAAGUCAACCAUUGAUCCACUAUGGAAUAAUCUCAAAAGCUAUUGCCAGUGGUUGAAUCCCUCCGUGUACAGGUCUCUGCCAUUGUCUUAUGAUGAAGUAAGCAAGACCCCAGAGCACAAUGUCACAUGUAGUACACAGUCUGAGAUAAUUGACAGUUUUGCCGAAUACUACAAACCAAAUGAACUGACAUGUUUAGAUGAACUAUUUGUGGUCAACAUGUCAAAUUCAGUCAGAGACUUUAUGCCUAAGGUGACAAGCCCCACUGAUUACAGUCCAUUCUGUGUUAGAGUCAGACCUGGGAGGAGACAUGAGGAGUCAGGCGAAGGGGUUCAGCUUAACCCUAACAUCUCUGGCAAAGACUCUACCAUGUCUGUGGGCUCCCAGGCCUCUGAAGGUACCAGUAGUAGCAGUAGUGAUGGUUCAGAUAUAGAUGGAGACAUAAGUCUCUUUGACUCUGAAUAUGUGCAGACUGCAGAGACACCUGCUGGUUAUCUCUCACUUAAGGAUAUUUUCCCACGUAUGCAGGACACAUAUGGUGUUGAGCCAGAGAUACCGACCCAUCACAAUCUUUCUGUUUACAGCAGGUACACAAAGCUUGGUAGGGAUGCUACAAAACCUAUUGAGCCACAGGCUGGUCAGGUCACAGAUUUGAUUCAAACCAGUAUGUUUUCACUGGACAGUUCAUACAAUGUGACGCCACCAACUGUGAAAAGGAAAUCUAGGGAUGAAUAUACAGAAUAUGUUCAGAAAGCAACAUUUGAUGCUAAGUUACCAUCCAAGAGAAACAUUCAACUUUAUCACCAAUAUAUCAGACUGAAUAAAUGAAAAUUAAUGUCAAGCUUAAUUUAAGAUAUUUCUUAAUUGUACUCAAUGAUUUGAAAAAACAAUUUUUAGUGUACAUAAGAACAUUGUUUCUUGAUUUUCUCCUGGACUAAUUCAGGGAGAACUUUUUUUAUUAUUUUAUUUGUAUACGAAUAAUAUAAUCGUAUGAUAUAACUUACAUCCAACACCAACAAACAAUAUUGUUUUGUCCAAUUUUUAAUUUACAUGCUUAUGAGGACUCUCACAGUUAUCAUUUCUUGGCUCAAGUACAUACAUCCAGUCGUCAGAGGUUAAAAGUAUUCUACAAGCGUAGAUAUAUAAAAUUUCUGUACCUUUGUAAAUUACUUAACCAAGAAAAAUCAAAGGAUUAUUUUUUGCAAAGAAAAGAAACACAUGGACCUACUUGCGCAACGAGUAUCAACUAAAAACAUUGACUCAUUUUUGAAUCAAUAUUGAAACUGGACAACCAAUGAACUGAAUGGCACAAAUGCCAACAUACACAUAGAUAUACUAAUUACAGUGAUAUUAAAACUAGUAACUAAUCAAAACUAAUCUUUCUUAUAAUGUUAGAUUUCUUAAGCCUUAUGAGUCAAUUUUCUUUGUAAGAAAAGACCAACAUUUUGAGCAUCUUUUGUAAAAUGGUCAUAAAAUCUUGGCCAUUUGGGAAAACCAAUGAAACUUGGUGGAUUGAAAGAACACUGGGCAGGGUUCAAUUGUGCCAAAAUGAUUUAAAACCCAUACUGGAUGACUAAGUUAUUAUGAUUUGUUUUGGUUACUUUUUUCGCACACCCGGUAACUACUUUGAAUGAUGAAUCUUUACACCCGGUUUAACAUUGAAAUCCCUUCAGUUGAGUUUCUUUUAUUCAUAUUAUACUGGUGAUAUAUAUUUUAAGCUAGAGCAGUUGUUAGACAUCCAUUAUUUUCUUUCAUAGCUGUACACUAUGCGAUGGUCAUUUGUUUUUUGAUCAGUUGAUUACCUAAAUGCGUCUUCAGCUGCCCUUUGGCUUGGUCCAUACAUUGGCUAGGUCAAUAUAUUUGCUAGGCCCAUAUAUUGGAAUACGAUGUAUGAUUAAUUUAAUUCAUGAGUAGAUUGAUGAGUUGUACCCAAAUAAUUCGAAAUCUAGAUAAUAGUAUUCCAAAAAUCUCUUUAUCUUUUCAG